AUGGAGGAAGAGAACAUGACCGCGGAGGAGCUCCACAGGUUCACCAAGGCUCUCCAGAACCACGAGUUCAGGGCACUGCUGCAUGACUACGCCCAAGAAAUAUCAGACCCCGACAACAGGAGGGUGUACGAGGAGGAGAUCAAGCUACUGGAGCAGGAGAGGGGGAACAGCGUGGAGUUCAUCCACCCCACACCGUUCAGGGCCGUGAAGACCAGCCUGGACGGACAGAGGAAGUGCUUCAUCAACAUCUGCUCCUGUGACAGGGUCGGGAAGCCUGAAUGCAGGAGCGGCGUGUCGGAGGAGGGCCGCAGAGGAUGGUGCUGGUCCCUGCCUCACAGCCUCCAUCCUGGGAGGCAGGACACAGAUGGGAAAGGGAACAAGAUAGUGAUUUACGAUGUUGUUUUUCACCCUGACACACUCCACAUGGCUGGCAAAAACAAGAGAUUUAUGGAUAUGGUGGAUGAUGCAGCCAUCCGAGGAAUCCAGGGAGCCUUUAAAGUGACCUUGGAUCACAAGAACGUGAAGGAGGCGAGAACAAAGUACAAGGGCACCCCUCAGCCAUGUGUGAUACGCAGACCGAUUCCUGGAGUCUCAGCCAGGGAGCCUUCAGGGCAGCCGGACCCGCUCGCCUUUCCAUACCCAGACGAACCCAACCAACAGCAAGCAAAGGCUGAAGGCUUACCUUCAGCUCAGCACAGGAGUGAUGCAGACCCUGGAAACAUCCCGGUCCAGCCUGUGGAAACCAAACAGCCCACCAGGCCAGACUACACCCUCAAAUACAGGUCUUUCAUCGAUUUACAGGACUUCAGGUGUUCUCGAGACUCGGCUCAAAGCCCCAGGCCGAAAGAGAUCAUCGUCACCGUUGACCUGCCGCUCCUGAAGUCGGCCAGCGACGCCAGCCUCGAGGUGAAAGACAAAACCCUGCUGCUGGAGAGCAGGAAGCCUGCGUACAGGCUGGAGCUCCCGCUGGCCUACCCGGUGGACGAAGACCGAGGAGAGGCCAAGUUCAACAAACAGAAGAGACAGCUGGCCAUCACACUGCCCGUCCUGCCUCCCGGGAGCUUCAGAGAGUCACUCGGUAACGGAGCGGAGGCCUCUCUGACUGAAGAACAGCUCCCUCCCAUCUCUGCUCAGCAUUCCUGUGGCAUCAAAGAGGAGUUCUUCCACGUCCUGGAGAGGCGCGAAGAGACCCAAGAAGCUCCGCAAGGAAACUUUCAGGAGUCUCUCACAGCGUCCGUCCUGAACCGCUGCAUCCCCGAGGCCGCCACGACACAUGGGGAGAGUCAACCACCCGGAGCACCAGACAGGAGGCAGCGGGGGAGGGGCGGAGAGGAAGACCACGGGCCGCCCGCCGCCGCACUGAGGGAGGUGGACCGGGACGGAAACGAGACGGUCAUCAGCGAUCAUUCAACGACCGCCGGGAUCACCUUCCUCACCUCCCUGAUGUUCGAGCUGGACUGA